CUUCUUGAUGUGUAAGUAAGAAACAUCGGAACUUUGAUCCUAAUCCAUCUUUCAUCCUCCCAUCAAUCUUCAACCUCCUCUUUCUGUUUUUCCUUCAUCAAGUCAAGCAAUGAAGAGCUUCUUCUUCCUUACACCCAUCCUUCUCCUCAACCUGAUCAUUCUAUCUCCGAGAACGCCGGCCCUUUCGCUCGAGAAGAGCGUCGGCUUGAUCGAGAAGACUUGCAAGAAGACGCCAUACCACGAUCUAUGCGUCUCGUCCCUGAGAUCGAGUCCUGGCAGCUCCAACGCGACCGUCCAUGACCUAGCCGGCACGAUACUGAACUUGACCUUGGCGAACACGACCAACAUGUUGAGUUACAUAGAGGCACUGAUCGAUCAGACGGAGGACCCGCAGCUGGAGAGGCCGUUGGACUAUUGCGCCGAGCUGUACAUACCAGUCGUGGAGUACACACUUCCUCAGGCCAUCGUGGCCUUCGACAAGGCUCGGUACAGAUUCGCGGGGUACGGAGUGUCGGACGCAGGGGACCAGGCCGACAAAUGCGAGAAGGAGUUCUCCAAAUCGAUGGCCUCGCCGUUGGGCGAUAGGAAUAAGCUCGUGAGCGAGCUGUGCGACGUGGCUGUGGCUAUUAUCAAGAUGUUGCAGUAAGGUUAAAAAUUUGUCCCCAUUGAUGAUGAUCUCUCUCUUGCAGCAUUCUCUAGAGUUAAGGUGAAACGCGGUAUUUUGAGUGACUGGUCUGAUUCUUCCGAUGAUGAC